AUGUCGACCUCUCCACCAUUAGAUUGUCAACUGCCUCGUGUGAAUAAGUUUGUCGGCGAAGUGUUCGGCGAAUUCUCAAACAGUAGAACGAUCUACGCUGGAAAUGAAGAAGACACCGUCAAAAGAGACACCAGAGUUAUCCUUCUUAUUGGUCCAAGUGCGGCUGCCAAAUCAUCACUUAUUGAUUUCUUUUGCAAUUACUUCUAUGGUGCAGAACUGGACCAGAUAACACGAUAUCACAUAGCAGACGAGAAGUUCGACAAAACAACACCAGAUAAAGAGAUAAUUACCUACAUAUUCAACGAUUCUGUGAUGGAUGUGAGACCAGUCCCUCUAUGUUUCAGCUGUGAGGAACAUUGUGAAAAUCUCUCUCAGUGGCUGAAGGAGAACGAAAAUCUGGAGGUAGAUGUAAUCGGUGUAGUGUUCUCCGUCUUCCAUAGAAUCACCAGCGCUGAGGAAGAAGGUUUACAAAAGUCUCUUGAAUUAUUUCCACCGCAUUUACGACAGAAGUGUGUCGUAUUUAUGGUUGGCAGUGAUGGGUCAUCACCUGCUGUCGGAGUGCUUCGCAGGUUCAAUCUCGAGAGAGCCGAUGUCUACAAAGUGAACACUUCCUGCAUUUUCCAACGGCCAGAAGGUUUCAUUUCACUAGAGCAUUUGCGUGGGAACUAUUGGCGCAUGAGCCUUGCCAACUUCAGCGCGCUAUUCUCCCGUUUAAAAUAUGACAGACCGGUCACUUACUCUUCUGGCCAGCGUCAUACUGCAUCGUCUGCGAUUUUAACGAAUUCUGGAACAUCACCUGCUUCGACGGUACGUGAAACAACGAUCAAUGAUCCUUACUACGAUGUGUUUGGAGCUCGCAAAGAAACGUUAACUUCUACUCGACAUUCGUGGCACGAAAUACUUAAAAUACCUGUGGAAACUCUUAUUGACUUCCGAUCUCCUGUCGAACAUUCAAAAAAAUUUGAAUACUAUGGUUCACUUCGAAAUGAUCGUCAUGUUUCUGGAAGCCGCUCUCGAUCAGUAGAGCCACAAUUUGUGGCUCAUCCAGCUCAAGCAGGACAAACUGUUUCAACAGGAAAUAUUCUUCCUGAUAUUAGUGAGCGCUUCGAAAGAAAAACCUAUAAUGGUGCAGUCGAUAUGCGCAAGAGUGCAGUUCUCUCAUUUGGAGGUAGAGAAAACAGCCACUUUCGGGAAAGUCCUUCUUAUUUCUUCAGCUGUUCGUGUUUCUCUUUCAGCAUCCCACAUCAUCGACCACGUCACAUUAGUUUUCUCAAAUGGACACCGGCAAACUGUUCAAAUCCGCGAGACUGCUGCCUUAAUUGUUUAUUUUUCUUCAUAGCACCUUUAGUUGUGUUAUUCAUUGUUCUAGCCAUUAUUAUCACACUAAUUGUUGGUUAA